UCCGACUCAAGUCCGAGGAAGCCCGACUCGGCGCUUCUGCCGGGGCUGCCGUUUGAGUUAGGAUAAGAGAGAGGAGCCGAAACAAGAGGAGGCGACUUCACCUGUCAUCCAUCCCUACUCUUCGGAUGAGGAUUGGACAACUAGCUAUGCUAGCUAGCUAGCAAGCAAGUGAUGCGAGAAGAGCCUAUUGCACCAGCAUCAAACCAUCGCCAAACCAACCUUUAGCAGGCUAGCCGGGUUCUAUCUGGUCAGCGAUAACUGUGUUAUCUGCGCUUUAGCUUGCUAGCUAACUUAAUUAUAUUUAGUAGGAGAGGACCUUCGCUGCUGGACGCUUGAACUGCGGGCAAUAGCUAUCCAGCUGUGUACCAUUCUCGAUGUACCUGCGUGAAUUUUCUUGGAUCUCGUGUUGCUAGUGAGCUAAGUGGCAAGCUAGCUGUAUAGCUUGCUAAAUGCCUCCCUCUCUUCAAGUUCGACCCUUGACGACAGUUCCACCCGCGGCUUCGCGCAUCUUCAUGAAGCAUUUCUGCAAGUGACAAUUCAAUGAUCUCCUUAAUACGCAUCUCAUCACCUUCGCUAGCUGGCUAGGCUAGCUGGCACUUUCGUUGACGUUACACGAAAUAAUUGCACGGGAGGUUUCUAGCAGGCAGCACCAUUACUAACGAAAACCUUUGGCAAGCUCAUUAGCUAUUUCGCUAGCUAGCUUCAGCCUCAGUAAUUUGCUGAGUAUUUAUAGUUAGCAGACUAGCUAACUCCAUAACCUUAGUAAAAUGCUGUCUGAUAAAGGAUAUAGUAGGAACAGGUGAAUUGGAGCAAAUUAUUUUCCAGUACGCUAGUUAGCUAGAUAGGUAGAUUGCAAGGUGCCUCUAAUUAAUGAAACAUAUUACGACAUAUUAGCCAGCUUGUUAAAGCUACAUUCUUCUUUUGAUAGUUUGUUAUUGUUCAGCUGGCUAUCGUUCUAUACUGCUGAUAUAUGGAGGGCAACAUGUGCCUGUUGUCAGCUAGAAAACCAAUUAUCUGGGCUAGCUAGGUAGCUAGCUACUGAGUGGCUAUUAGAUGUCCUACUGCCUUCCCCCCGACUGAUCUACCUCUGGAAUUGUGUUGCUUUUUUAACCUUAUUAAGCCUUCAAACCGAAUGAAUGAGAACGUUGACUUAUUUGUUUCAGGGUCCCGAAGAAUGACAAACGGAGGAUUAAAAUCCAAUAUAUUUUUAUCAUAAGUGAACCUGUAUUGAUUCCUCGUUGAAGGAAUGGAAAAAACUCCCACCAUGCCAUUUGCGUUCUGCGUGAAAUCGGCAGAGUAAAGGCAAAGCGUAGCGGAAUUCGGUCUUCUAUGUUUAUUUAUCACGGACUUCAAACAGAAUCCCCCUCAGUGGACGCAACUGGGGCACGGGGGCUCGAGGUGCUGCUAUUCCGAGAGCAAUAACGUCACUGGACGGGACUGGACACUGGCCUUUCGACCUCAGGACUAAAAUCAUGGCCAAUGAACCUGUCAUCCUUAACGUUUAUGAUAUGUACUGGAUCAACGAGUACACCUCCACUCUGGGGAUUGGAGUCUUCCACUCAGGCAUCGAGAUCUAUGGCAGAGAGUUUGCAUAUGGGGGGCAUCCAUACCCUUUUAGUGGGAUCUUUGAGAUCACUCCCGGCAAUGCCAACGAGCUGGGGGAAACCUUCAAAUUCAAGGAGGCUAUUGCAUUGGGAACCACAGACUUCACCGAAGAGGAUGUGGACAAGAUCAUGGAGGAGCUCGGCAAGGAGUUUAAGGGCAACGCCUACCACCUGAUGCACAAGAACUGCAACCACUUCUCCUCUUCACUCUCCGAGCUGCUGUGUGGGCGGGAGAUUCCUCGCUGGGUGAACCGGCUGGCCUACUUCAGCUCAUGCAUCCCCUUCCUGCAGAGCUGCCUACCCAAGGAGUGGCUGACCCCUGCGGCCCUGCAGAGUCACAUUAGUCUAGGGCUCCACAAGGAGGAGCAGGCUGAAUCGAGCGAUGAGGAGCCCCCCUCUGCCUCGGGGGCCACCGCCGCCUCAGGCUCCUCGCACAGUUGCCGCCACACGCGGGUCUGAGCAGCCGCAGGCUCUCUGCCUUUUGGACCCAUCACCUUUGAGGGGUAACAGCGCCAUCGUCAGGCCUGGAUGACCCCUGACCUCAUGCCCAAACGAAGAGGCGGGAAUAGACUCUCCCUGAUAUUGCAGGGAUCCCCAAAGACUUUUUAAACGACUGAUCUAUAUAUUAAAAGCCCUCCCAAGAAGUGUUUUCUCUUUUAUCUUCCACCCUGGAAAGUAUAAAGGCAUUUUUUCCUUCAGACAGAGGUGCCAAAUGAGUGAUGGACAGCACAGACUGACCACUAUUAGGUCUCUCUUGCAUUUUUUUUUCCUCAUGGAACUUCUUUAUAACCUCAGUCAGCCUUCGCACCUGCCCUUUUCUCAGAGUUGUGAGUGUAGCUUAGCUGGAUGUCUGAUACCCCUGAUAAUGAUGGUAGACAGAGGUGUGUUUUGUUUCUUUUUAGAAGUACAUGUUCAGCAAAAAAACUGCUUGAUUUAAAAGAAAAAUCCUUCAGAAUAGUGGACUUGUCAUGGGUGUGUCUUGUCGUUUAGUAGGGCAGGCUGUUAUUUUUGGCUUUAGGACAUUUGGGGUUGGGGGAUGGGAUGGGGAAUGGCAACCCUCUUCUAUUGUUUUAGUCAUCUACAAAACGGAAAA